AAACAAUAACGAGUUUUUCCCAUUAUCAUGGAUUAUAAAGUUCUAGGUUUAAAAUGCCAUCCAUAAAAUAUAUACAUCUCUAAACGAAAACUAUAUGCAAUGGUAGUAAACCUUCUCACAGACUGGGGACGGUCUAACGGCAGCACGUUUUCGUAGUCUGCCUUUAUUUUCRCCGCUUGUGGUGUUAAGGAAUGGAUGAUAAGGAAAUACGAAAGGAAGAACAAAUUACAUACUACUUCCCAGGUAAAAGCGUUGAAAGAAGCAGUGGUAGUAGUUCUCCAGAAACCGAGAAGCCGCCUGCAAAAUCCGUGAAAUUACGAAACCUAACAUAGCGGAUUUGGCAGUUCUGGAAAGUCUUAAACAACAUCCAAGAAAACACGAACAAACUGCUUGAAGAACAUGAAGUUAUUCGUGAACAGUACAACGAUCUUCAGAUGUCACUGGAGUUCCAUAUUACUAAAAUGGAGAAAUUAGCGACGGAGAAAAAAGAGCUCAAGACUGAAAUCAAUUCCCUUAAGAAAUCCUUAAGCCAAACUAUCGAAGAACGAGACCAGUUGUACGUCAACUUGGGGAUGGCGAUUGAUCAAAUCGAUGAUCUCGAACAGUACACCCGCAAGCACAAUUUGGAAAUACACGGUACACCUGCAGAGCAAACAGGCGAAAACCUUGCCGAGCAACUGUUAUUACACUUGGAAAAGCGCUCCGGCAAUGUUCCGAUUCGAGAUGACGACAUCGAUAUUUGUCACAGAUUGUCUACAGGCAGGAACCGAAGCAAACCCAGGCCGACUAUUGUCAGAUUCAAAUCAUAUCGUGCAAGGAAGGAGCUAUAUGCAGCUCGCAAAAGUCUCAAGAAUCAAAACUUGAACGGAACUUUUCAAGGCGCUGGUAUCGUAUACGCCAACGAAAAUCUGACAAGAAUGCGGCGCGAACUCUUUGCUUAAGUCUGGAGGCGCAAGAAGGCGGAGCAGUGGCACAGUGCUUGGACAAUAGACGGUAAAAUCCUUAUGAAAAUAUCAUUAGCUGACCAACCAGUUAGAAUUUACAGCCAAGAGGAUUUAGAUAGGUUUUAAAUUUAUUCUCAGUUUCUCUCUUCGUUAAUGGUUCAAUCUCGCUGGUUAUUCCAUGGUUAUUGCAUCCAUUUAUGAAGAAAGUUGCGCGACUUUUUCCUGCUUUGUUUACUUUUUCUUAUUGUUCUUUGCCUUAAUUAGAAAACCUGCGAUCGGGCUUUCUUCUUCUUUUUCUUGAGUGUCUCUUUUUUGUUGUUGGUUGGCUUGUUUUUGGCGAAGAACGCUUGAUAGCAGGUUAUCAAUGAACUCAAAAAUCUGAAUUUCUAAC